GCCUGUCUGCAUCUGCGCAGGAACAACGCUCACACGUGUCGUGGGAAGGGACUGCGUUCUCACAGUACACGAUCAUGCGGGUCUGCAUCGCAUGAGCCAUUCUAGCCGUACACCUCGGUCUCUUCAUUUUUGACCCUCUGCGUCGUUGUGUUCGCCUCAUUUCCCCCUUGUGCCGGCGUCGUACCAAGGGCUCGCUGCAGGAGCAAGAGCAGUGAGCAGCAACAACACGGCGGUAAGUACGCGGCAUCGUACUGCGCAUGUACCAUGGCAAGGCUGUGGCUGACGUUGGUACAGGCAAUUAUCCGCUUCCGCUGUCUUGAGGCACUGUUCCGGCGUGCAGCGGCCGCCCAUUAUUGUGCCCCUUCACAAUAAUGCCCACAGCACGGCAGCGCACACGACGACACCAAAACCACAUCACGACGACACCAAAACCACAUCACGAUGAACUCACGACCUGUGUACGCACGACUGUACCCAAAACACAAGAGCUAGUAUUGGAAGAACCACCAAACAUGGCCGCUCGAGUCGACUCGACGUCCAGGGUCCACACCGCCGCCCACCGCACACACAGCACCACGACGAUCACACGACGCACAAGGGACAAAAAGACCUGUUCAAGAUACUGCUGGUAUUUUCUCGAACGUCUACUCGAAGUAUAUUCGUACACUGAUCCUCGACCACCCUGUCCUCCAAGCUGCCAAGUCCUGGCCAAAGUUGUCGAUCAUCGUCCUCCGCUGAACCGAAGCAUCCAAAACGACAAGCCUCGUCACACUCAUAACGUCGUCGGCGGCGAAGACGCCCUUUUGUUUCUUACGCCGCUGUUGCGGGUGGGGAAGGAUACUGUACAAGGGAUGUGUGUUGUGUUGUGUAGGGGUGGUCAAUCAUGAAGGAUGGAGGGUUUGCGCAACCUUCAUGACUGGCUUGAUGCUAGUUUGUCAAGAGAAAGGAUUCUUGAGGGCAAAGUCGAGAAAUGGUGGGAGAAGAGACGGAUCAUGUUGC